AUGAGCUUGACACCCAAAUCGUUUAAAGAAAAGCGAUCAUUUGCACAACGAGUAUCUGAUGUGGAAUUAAUUCGUGAACGUCAUCCAAAUAAAAUACCUAUUAUUGUUGAACGUUACUACGGUGAAAAACAAUUACCACCACCGGAUAAAUCUAAAUUUUUGGUACCAGAUCAUUUGACAGUUGCGGAGUUGAUUAAAAUUAUAAGGCGAAGAUUACAAUUACAUCCAACCCAAGCAUUCUUUGUGCUUGUUAAUCAAAGAAGUAUGGCAAGUGGUAGCUUGACAAUGGCCCAGCUUUAUCAGCGAGAAAAGGAUGAAGAUGGAUUUUUAUAUAUGGUUUAUGCAAGUCAAGAAGUUUUUGGAUGUUAG